AUGGCACCACCAAAGUUCCGCCACUACCAGGUCCAUUGCACUCCCUAUAAUCGAGAAAGCACAAGGACCCAGAACGCCAUCAUUGCUUCCCGCAAAGAGCGCAAGGCAUCCUUUGCUGUGCCAGAGUCACUUACUGGCCGAAAGACCGCCAUCGAAAACUUGCCAUACAAAGCCACCAACAACUCCAAUGCUAACUUCGACAUUCGCCAGGCAUGGUGGAAUCGACAUUUCCUCCUCCGAGAAUACCGGACUGGAGCUCACUGGAAGCCUGAAAGACCACAACGCCGGCAAUUCGCGGCGAUGAGACCCAUCGAGUGGGUUAUGUCGUAUCGUUGA